AUGGAGCUAAAUGGUACUCACAACUACAUAGGGUGGGUGAAGGAGUGGAGUGCAUGUGGAGUCAUCAGUAACUUCAUUUUGACCUCCGUCAACUCUCAUCGGCAUCGUCACGCUCGUCUCAAAAGCGGAGCCAUCAUCACCAUCAUAAACACCAUCUUCAUUGUCAAAUUCAUCGGCAUGUCAUCCCACCGCUGCCUCUCCAUCCUAUUCCUCCGUCUCCUUGUCCUCUGUGUCGCCUCCGUUAUCAAUGCCGCCGAUGCUGGCGAAGUAUUUCCCCCGCAUGCUGACCGCAACGGGAGGUAUUGUCUCUUCCCUGAAGAGAUUGCGCGUUUUGCGCGCAUGUUUCAACGUCUGUUCACCCACGACUCAUAG